AUGGGCACAGCGAUGGUGGCCAGGCUGGGGCUGGGCUUGCUGCUUCUGACACUUUUCCUACCCAUGCAGAUUUAUUGCAACCAAACAUCUCUUGAAGGGUUUUCAAGUAGCCAGAACUCUAACAUCCAAGGGUCAAUCUCCAGAGACGGUAGCGCUACCCUUGCUGGUCUCCUCGCCCUCUCGCUCUCUCUUCUACAUCUCUACUGUUAG